AUGCCGAGGCUGCAGGAGGAGCGCGCACUUUAACUACAAACACAAGUGAACCACCAAAGAGGAGAAACUGAUCCAACAAGUGCUCAGCUGACAGGAAACAGACAGGAAACACAGCAGAAGAAGUGAUGGAGCACUCCAAACAGGCUCAGUACGCCUCAAACGAGAAGAAGGACACCGGGGACAGCGGCUCCGUGCUCAACGGACACUUUGACGGGAUGGUGAAGCGGUCAGCCGGCGGCGCUCCUCAGCCUCCUCCGGGCGCGGAGUCCGGCUCGCACCGGCCCGUGAUGGAGAGCUGGAGGGAGGAGCGCACCAGGAGCGUGGAGGACAAUGAGAUGAGCCUGCCUUCCCUGGCCGCCGCGUACACCACCAUCCUGCGGGGGCUCGGGGAGGACCCGCAGCGGCAGGGGCUCCUCAAAACCCCCUGGAGGGCCGCCACCGCCAUGCAGUUCUUCACCAAGGGCUACCAGGAGAAAAUUAUCGACGUGCUAAACGACGCCAUUUUCGACGAAGACCACGACGAGAUGGUGAUCGUCAAAGACAUCGACAUGUUCUCCAUGUGUGAGCAUCACCUGGUGCCCAUCUUCGGCAGGGUUCACAUCGGUUACCUCCCAAACAAGAGAGUUCUGGGCCUCAGUAAGCUCGCCAGGAUCGUUGAAAUCUACAGUCGUCGACUACAAGUUCAGGAGAGGUUGACCAAACAAAUUGCUGUGGCAAUCACUGAGGCGUUGCAGCCAACCGUCGGUGUGGUCAUCGAGGCAACUCACAUGUGCAUGGUGAUGCGAGGCGUUCAGAAGAUGAACAGUAAAACCGUCACCAGCACCAUGUUGGGAGUUUUCAGGGAAGAUCCAAAAACCCGCGACGAGUUUCUGACGCUGAUCAGGAGCUGAGGAGGACGAAGUUCCUCCUCUUCCUCCUCCUCCUCCUCCUCCUGUUGCCUGGGGUUACCUCCACCUGCACGGACCAGUUGCCGUGCCACCUGUGUGUGAAUGUGUGAGUGUGUGCGAGAGACAGAGAAAGAAAAGAGUGUGUGUUUGUGUGUGUGUGUGUGUCCAUCUCACCAAAGGCAGUGACAGAGUGCUUAAUGUGUUUUCAGUGUUUUUUUUGGUCAGAUUUCUGUGUUGGAGGCCGCAGACGGACGUGUUGUUUGCUUUUAGUCGACGGCACAGACUUUACCCCCUUUUUUUCACAUCAGUUGUGUUUGAUCAUCAAUCAAAUAUUAGUUGUUGGCCAUGAAAUAGAGAAGGAGAGUUUAACUAAAGAAUCCACCCUAAAAAAAGGAUAAAAAAAAACAAAUUGUUAGUCUUUUCACAUCAUUUCAGUUUAAAAACCCUUAACAUGAAGUGUCACACAUAAAAAUAUUGCAAGCAAAAUGUCUAACAGCGUCAGAUUUACAGUAACAGUUUGUUUGAGCUCAGUGGUGUGAAAUAUCUGCACAAAUCAUUCUUUAAAAUCUUUUCACGCAUGUUUGACGGCACUCUAACACUCUGUCACACCUCAGAAACCUCAAAUUAGAAACUUCCUUUCCUUUAUUCAGGACUUUUGUUUAGCAGAGAUAUCCGUCAUUUGAAACUAGCUUUAUCACGACAAACAUUAACAAGUCUUUAAAGGUUAAGUGUGUGAGAUUCAGGGGCUUUAGUGAAGUCCAGCGUUGAGGAUUUCAGAUUGCAACCAGCUGAAACUUCUGGUUAAAAGUCCCUCAGUGUUCAUUGUUUCAGAGGUUUUUAUCGGCAGCCAAAUCAUCCGCAGACGUCUCUCCCUUUCCAAAACAAACAGAUUGGGAGAUUAAAACACAGAAUAAAGCGCUUAAACGUUACAAAUCAGUGUUUCUCCAAAACUUUUUAGCACGUCAGAGAUACUAACUUUUUUUCUGAUCCAGACGUUGAGGAGGUUUUUUUUGGAAGCUGAGGUCUCCUUUGCUCAAAAACAAACUGUCCGGUAAAAAUCCUUGAAUAAAGCAGUUUCACAUUACAAAUCAGUGUUUUUCCGACGGUGCUUAUUGCAGAUGGGCCUGUGGAUAUAUAUCCCUAAAUCCUACACACUGGACAUUUACAAUUAAAAAACAUUUUGAAGGUGCAGAAUGAUCAGAUUGCAUCUGAGAAUACACAGUAUUCAGCCUCUUAUUAUUAUUACUAACAUUAUUAUGAUUUUUUAUCAUUAAAUCAGAUCUGCCUGUAUGUGCCAACUAGCCUCUUAACAAAAACCAAAAAAACGACUUCACGGUGACGUAACGAGGCAGCCGGCGGCACGCCAAGCUGCAGACUCACUGUCUGAAAACAAACUUUUAAUUUACCAGAGAGGCAAAUGAAAUGUGUGUGUGUGUGUGUGUGUGUGUGUGUGUGUGUUGUUUAGUGACUAUGUGUUUACUGGUGU